UUCUCGAUCUGUCACAAGUCACAACUUUCAAUGUUUAUCAUUUAGUAAAAACUUUAUUCAAAAUAAAUUACACAAAGUUAAUUCUUAAUUUGCUGGCUACCCUCAAGCCUUAAUCACUUUUCAAUCCAUACCUCCUCAUCACACUGCAAACGUACUUGCACUUUUUGAGACUCGAGAACAGCUGAAAGUUAAAACUUCAAAACCAUGAGUUUUGUUGACCUGGCUACGUUAGCAAUGCAUCGACGGCAGGAAAUGGAGGCGAGGAUUCAAGUUUUUCUUGAAAAAUGUGAUCACGCCAUACAUGAUAUAAACAAAUUAAAAGUUCAGGCACAAGGUUUUGUGGAGCAAUUAAAUUGUGAACCAUCAGAACUAAAGGAGCGCUUUUUGAAUUGUAUGCAACAUCUGGACGAAUACACGUAUCUCAUUACUGACUUUAACCUUGCUGUUGGAAAAUUAGAUGAAACUAGCAGUACAGAUCUAACGCCAGUACUUGACACAAGUAAGAAGUUACUACCAUCACCUGCAACAUUCAACCUCAUGGAUACAUUGAGUGAACCCACUCCAUCCACAUCCACAGCCUGCCCUAACCUUUGUCCUGUCGAGAAACCGAAAAAGAAAAAGAAACCAAAAGACGAGGAUCUCUUGAUAUCCUUUUCUAGUGUCUCUUGCUCUACAGAAAGUGUUCCUAUCGGUAAUGAUAGUGUGGAGAAGGAAGUACUUAAAGUACAGACUGAUUUGGAGAAUACUAAGUUAGAUGAAUCAGCGACAAAUGCAAUAGAUAGUUGCAAUUUACCAGCACAAACGCUACUACAAGUUGAUGAGGUGUACCAAGGGUCUAUAGUUCAUAUUGACGGACUAACCCUAUGGGUAAUAACUGGUAGCAUUGACGAUGUUUACAACCUAAUGACAGACAUGACUGAAUACUAUAAAGUGAACAAAGUGGAACUUAGUUUAGAGCAAAUAAAGUCAUUAAUAUAUUGUGCUGUAUAUGAAGAGAAGACGGAGGCUUUCUACCGAGGACUCUUUAUAAGAAUUUCAGAGGAUGACACAAACAUAGCGGAGGUGUAUCUAGUGGACACGGGCGAGACGAGGCUUGUGCCGAUAUGUUCAUUGCAGCCGUUGCUAUCGUUAUUCUGUGACAAACCACCUAUGGCUCGGUGCUGCCAUCUAGCGGGGGUAGACCUUUUGGAUUGCAAUAAUCAGGAGUUAUUAAAAAGACAAGAAGUAUUCAUGGAGGUCUUCAUCGGGCAAGCAUGCAGCAUCGUAAUUGAUGAUAACACUUCGGAAUCGCUAGGCGUGUAUGUGGUGUUACAAUCAAAGAAUACAUUGAAUGAUUUGGUUGUUGAAAAUGGAUUUGCAGUUAAAAUAGAGAACAGCACAACAAAAAAUACAGAUCCUUCCAAAGCCGCUGCAGAUAUUAUGUCAGACGCUGACUUGGACAUAACACAGUGUCCGGAAUAUGAAGACCCUGUUGAAGCUGUAACGGGCUACCAUAAUCGAGACGAAGCUGAUAUAUGCGCGCAUUACAAGGGGGGAACGGAAAAGACUUGCUUCAAAGGUGCUAGAUGCAAAAAGCGACAUGUCCAGAAACAUCCUGAUGGCUGGACACUGGACCGCGUGGCCGUAGCGGGCAAGGUGCGGGCGCUAGCGCUGCCGGCGCCGGGCACGUGGCUGCGCGUGCGCGUCACGUGGGUCGUGCACUACGACCACUUCUACGUGCACCUGCCCACUGACACCCGACCCGAAUCAUUGCCGAAUUUCGGAGUAGUGUUGCCUCCGACGACUCUGGAUGCCCUAGUGCGGGAUAUGAACAGUCCGGCUACUAAACUGGCGUAUAAACCUCUGAAGACUACGCCAGCUCCGGGCGAGCUAGUGGCAGCUCUAUAUCCAUUAGACGACCACUGGUAUCGCGCCAGAGUCAUAUCCGCCACACGAACGGAUCAAUGUGUACAGGUGAUGUACUUAGACUACGGCACCGUGGUGUGGGUGAAGGAGGACGCGGUGCGCGUGCUCGAGCCGCGCUUCGUGGCGCUCCCCGCGCAGGCGGUGCGCUGCAUGCUGGCCGGCGUGGCCGUGCGCUCCGCCGCGCCCGCCGCGCUCAGCGCCGCGCGCCACGCGCUCUCCGCGCUGCUGCUCGACCGCACGCUCGACGCGCACGUGCUAGCACGAACCUAUGACGAAAUCACCGUAGAACUAUUCGACGAAAACGGUUACAGCAUAGCGGAGACACUAGCACAACAGAAAGUUGUUGAAUUACGAGAAUUCGAAAUGGAAGACGACAAGGGAGUACAACAAAAAAUUGUUGUACCAUGAUUAGUUAAUAUAGGUAAUUGAAAAAAUACUCUCAAAAAUGUCGAUACAAGUAAUUUUAAUCUAGUGAAAGUUUUUUAUAAUUAUAAAUCUUAGGUUGCCGGUAUUUAAUUAAAAUUUAAACUCAAUAGAGCUCUAAUUGUUGCAAUAUGCAAAUAUUUGAUUUUCUUAUUUUCCCAGUGUAAUAAGAAACUCUUUCUUAAAUAAGUAUUAUUUUAAGUGUGAAGUGAUAACAUUAUUGAUUGUGUUUGCAAUAUUUUGUUUCCUUUUUUAAUUAUUUCUUUUCUGUUUAGUACCACAGUUAUUAAAUAUAGAUAUACCUAUAUUGUUAUUGCAACGUGAGUGUUGCAUGUACAGAAAGUUGGUGCUUUGUUGUUAGUGUAGUUUUCAAAUAAUAGAUAGGUUUAAAAUACAUAAAAUUCUCAUUUCUAAAUAUACUUACUUUUAAAGUGUAUGAUUGAUCAACUCUAUUUCAUCAUUUAAUUAAUAAUUUAUUUUCUAACACAGAUAAUAAAUUAUUUUGCCUUAAUAUAUAUAAAUGUUUGCAUUGUUCCUAUAGAUAGCAUAAUAAUUAUAUUUUUCAUUUUUAAAUAGUGUUCCUUUUGUUGAAAAAGUAAUAGUCUGUGAUUCAGAUGUUUGUUUAGAUUGCUUGUGAUACAAGUGUGAUUAUUGUUAAGAAUAACAGUGUGCGAUUAAAUUUGUGUUAACAUUCUAUUAUUGUUUUAAGUUUAGUUAAGAAGUCAACAUUUAGAUGUUAGCUUGUUUUGAAUAUAAAUCUCGGUCUUAAAUCUAAAUUAAGUUUACGGCCAUUUUUACCUAGUUUUAUUGUUGAUGUUUAAAUAAGUUUCAUUUUAAUCGUUAAAAUUAAAGCAUCGAACAAUGAGCCGCGUUUCUUAUGGCGAUAAUUUUUCUUCCGUUUUUAUUAUUGUUUUGGAAAUUUAUAACAGUAUGUAUUUGGAUUUUGGACUUUGGACGGCCUUCUUAAAUUUUAAAAUAUCCAGAGUAAGUUUUAUAUGACUAUCAUUCAUUAAACUAUAUAAAGAUAUGUAGGUGAAACGAUUGUUCACUUUUUCAAAUACUGAAAAUACGUUUCGUAAGAAACUUUGACCGCAUAAUGGUGAAAUAGUGAUAGAGCUUGUUCUGUACCGAUUGUAAAGAGGUUAUAAAUCUAGAAGAAUAAACUAUUAUUUUUAUUGUA